UAGGACCAACCGUGGGGAGCUGCUCCCAGGAUCUGGUGUCCCGGUUUGGGACCAUGGUGAGAUGGAGAGGAGGAGGAGAGUAGCUCGAGCCCGAGGAGCUGCAGCCAAGACAGAGCCCUUUCCUGGCUCCCUCCUUGCCCUGUCCCCAGACCUCGUGUAUUUCUCCAAGGAUGUAAUCACUAAAAUUUGGGACUGUGUGUCCGAGUGCUGCCGCCAAGACCUGCUGCUGAAGAAGAGGGUCGGGCUGAUGGGCCUGGGGACCAUCCACAUCAUGAAAAAACCCAUCUGGCAGGGAAAACUGGAAGGUUUCUUGGUUGACAGUCCCGAGUUCGACCUGGACAAGCCAUUCCUGGUGGGGAACAAGCUCCCUCAUGGGAACAGUCUGGCGCCUGAGCUCUCCAAAGCCGACGAACUGGUCUGUGCCGAGGUUGCCCUGCGCCUGCACGUGCCCAAGGCCACCGUGGUGAUGUGCAUCAAGGCCACCACGAGGGUCUUUGAGUGGGCCUUGUCCAGCAGGCAGAACUUCGACUUCGUGUUCAAGGACAUCGGUGUCCUGGUGUGCCGAGGGGGGCACGUGGCCAUGAGGUUCUUCGAGGACCUGGCCCGGGAGGUGGCUCAGUCCGAGAACCUGGCAGACAGUUUGCUCCAGUCACCAAACCUGAGGCAAUCAUUCAUAGCCCACACGGAAAAGGACAUUUCCGAGCUGCCUCCUGGAGGUGUCUUGGUGUUGCCACACUUUGUGCAGGUGGAUGGGAAGUCAAAGCCACAUCCUGUGAAUGCUUCCCUGCAGAGCACUGGAACAACGAGUGCUGAGCUCCAGCCGACUCCGGGGACUGUUCCUGGCCAGCGCCUUCUUUCUCGCCCACGUGUUUCUCCGAGUCGGAUACGGGAUGUGGAAAAGAGAAAAGCUGAUGCUGGAGGGCAGAGAGGGAGUUUGCUACCUCCCAUUAUUGGGAGCUCUGGGCAGAAGGGCAGAGCUGUGGAGCAGAUGGAAGCACCUGGAGCUGGUGUCCUUGCUCCCAGAAGGCAGUUCCCACCCGUGGCAGAGCAGGGGAGGCAGGAGAAGGAAGCUGCCUCCCCCCCCGGGCAGUUUGAGAGGGUGAGGAAGAAGAGGGCGGCCGCUGUGGCAGGAGUGGCAGCUGCCUUGUCCCCACAGGGAGAGGAGACCAUGAAAACCCCUUCCCCUCUUGGCAGGAGGCCAAAGCCAAAGACACCACGAGCAAAGCAGGUCCUGGCAAACCUGGAGUCGUUCCGGGUGUCCCGGGAGCAGUGUAUGAAGGCCCUGCAGAUCAACAAGCUGAGGAAAUGGUCCCAAGACAGCUCCUCUGCUUGGUGAAGCAGGAGCAGCUCCAUGACCCCAGAGAAGAGCAGAAGCGGGACGUGGGCUCAGGGCAGCCACAGUGCACCAGGAAAAAUGGAAUAAAGGAAUCCCUCACCUGGG